AAACCAAAAGAAAAAGACCAGUCAGUCACCACCACCAAUGUGUCUCAUUCAGUUUAUGGUUUCACCGUUUGUUUACAAUGGAAUAUUACAUCAAACGGUUGGAUCGGCAAGAAGCAAAAAGACAAAAUCCAUGAUUAAGACCAUUAGUGGUCCAUACACGUGUCCAUCAUUACCUAACUUAUCUUAAGAACCGUCAGAUCAAUCACUUAAAGUAACAAAACGAAACCAGUGGCUGGUAUUAUAAAGCCAAACCUAAGGGCCAUUAUUCUACAAUUGUCCAAACCAAACAAACACAAUUCAAUCUUUUCUAAACAAUUAUUAAUUCAUUUUUCAUUCAUUUCUCAUCUUCUUCACCUUCCUUCUUGUUCCCUGCAUCUCCCUGCAGCGAAGGAAUGCAGAGAGAUGAGAGGCCAUUGUUAUUGGUUCUCUCCAUCUGAAAUUAGCCGUCUUACAAAAUGUAUCAUCGGCGGCAGACAUUGUCACCGAAAACACGUUGAAGACGGCUGAUCUCUAAUAAUCUCUUCUUAUUAUUAAUUUCCUCUCUAUUUCCCAAAAUAUCCCUCUUCUUGUUCUAGUUUUUUUUUUUGGUUUUCACAGCUGUAUCUUGUCCACUGGACCGCCUAAUUUGUUCCGGGAGUCAGUUCUGAUAGUUUAGUUGGUAAAUAUAUUAGCCAAGCUAUGACUGAGAAGGAAGAAAACCCUAAUUCUCACUCGGCUCUGCUCCAUGGAAAAUACGAGCUAGGUCGAGUUCUCGGUCAUGGAACAUUCGCGAAGGUGUAUCAUGCAAAGAAUCUCAAGGAUGGUAAAAACGUAGCCAUGAAAGUCGUUGGAAAAGAAAAAGUUAUCAAAGUUGGAAUGAUGGAACAGAUCAAAAGAGAAAUCUCCGUCAUGAAAAUGGUGAAACAUCCAAAUAUUGUUCAAAUUCAUGAAGUUAUGGCUUCAAAAUCAAAGAUCUACAUCGCCAUGGAACUCGUUCGUGGCGGUGAGCUUUUCAACAAGAUUGUUAAAGGUCGUCUUAAAGAAGAUGUUGCUAGAGUAUAUUUCCAGCAAUUGAUCUCAGCCGUUGAUUUUUGCCACAGUCGCGGUGUUUACCACCGUGAUUUGAAGCCGGAGAAUCUUCUUCUCGAUGAAGACGGUAAUCUUAAGGUCUCUGAUUUUGGUCUCAGCACUUUUGGUGAACAUAUGAGACAAGACGGAUUGUUGCAUACGACGUGUGGUACUCCGGCGUAUGUUUCGCCGGAGGUAAUUGCGAAGAAAGGCUACGACGGUGCUAAGGCGGAUAUUUGGUCUUGUGGUGUAAUUUUGUAUGUUCUUCUCGCCGGUUUUUUACCUUUUCAGGAUGAUAAUGUGGUUAAUAUGUAUAAGAAAAUUUACAGAGGUGAUUUCAAAUGUCCACCGUGGUUUUCUUCGGAAGCUAAGAGGCUUAUCACGAAGCUUCUAGAUCCUAAUCCGAAUACAAGAAUUACCAUAUCGAAGAUAAUGGAUUCUUCUUGGUUUAAGAAACCAGUACAGAAGAGCGUGGCUAGGAGGAAGAAGGAGAAAGAAGAGGAAGAAGAAGAAGAAAAGGGAUUUGGCUUUUUGGAGAAUGAGAAAUCGUCAACGACGCCGACGACAAUGAAUGCUUUUCAUAUAAUAGGGUUAUCCGAAGGGUUUGAUUUGUCACCUUUGUUUGAGGAGAAGAAGAGAGAAGAGAGGGAGGAGGUGAGGUUUGCCACGGCAGGGACACCGAGCAGAGUGAUAUCGAAAUUGGAGCAGGUGGCUAAGGCAGUGAAGUUUGAUGUGAAGAGUAGUGAUACAAAGGUUAGGCUUCAGGGGCAGGAGAGAGGGAGAAAGGGUAAAUUGGGUAUUGCCGCGGAUAUUUACGCGGUGACGCCGUCGUUUAUGGUGGUGGAGGUGAAGAAAGAUAGAGGUGAUACUUUGGAGUAUAAUGAAUUCUGGAGUAAAGAGCUUCGUCCUGCUCUUAAAGAUAUUUUCUGGACAUCUGCUGAUCCUCCAGCUGCUUGAAUUUUCUUCAUCAUCACAGAUUCUUAGUAAUUUAGUAUUACAAUGUUUGUGUUCUUGUGUCUCAAUCUUCCUUUGUAAUUGUUGUUUAGGGAGGAGCUUCAUGUGUUUUAGUAAAACAUGUGAGAUUAUGAGAUUUGUGUUGUUUUAAUUAAUUCUCAAUUUAGGUGAUUUAUGUCUGCUUUUGUAUUUCUAGUAUUGAUUACUGUAAAAUGGUUGGUGAUUGUCACUUAUCACUUGCCAUUGAACUGUAUUUUAGAAAAACAAGCUCAAGAAUCCUUGUUGAUGA